GGUAUCUAUGGACAAACGAGCCUUAAUCUUUGCUUUACUGAAAUUUGUUUUUUGAGUUUGGAGAAAUAGUGAAUCUCUUUAUAAAAAAUGAAAAUGUUUAAUUCCUUUCUCGUCAGCAUAUAGAUAUCAUCAUGAGGAUUUCUUUAAUAAGUUAAUUAUCGGAUUGUGUCUAUCUCAAAUCUUUACCAAUUACCCCAAGGGUUGUAUAGAUUGCUUAUGCAGUUCUUCUUAGUGGCAAAAGCCAAGAAUUAUACAAAUGUGACUGCGUGUCUAGGUGUACAUUCUUUGUAUGCCCAUAUUAUAUGCUUGAUAAAAUGCCAAUAAGAAUAUCAGAAGCGGAUUCAGGAUUUGAGAUUUAUGGUUCCAACAAUAACGUCAAGAAUAAUAGCUGGUACACAGUUAAAUAAAUCCACAGAGCGGAGGAAACUUUGUUUUCCAGCAGAAGCUUUGUACCAAAGAUAGAAAAUUUGGAACUUGGGCAGCUUGGUUUUAGUUGAAGUCUAGCUUGGAUUUGAAGUUACCUUUUAAGCCUUUUGGGACUAAUUCAUAUGGAGAACAAAGAGAGCAUCAGUUCCAGAGGUGCCUUAAUUGUUUUAGAAGGGCUGGACCGCUGUGGGAAGACAUUGCAAUCAGGCAGACUGUACAAGUAUUUGGAUGAUCAAGGGCAUUCAGUUGAGUCAUGGAGAUUUCCUGACAGAAAUACGGGUGUUGGGCAAAUGAUUUCUUCUUAUCUAUCUAAAGAAUCACAGUUGGACGACCGUGCAAUACAUCUUCUCUUCAGUGCAAAUCGUUGGGAGAAGAGAUCAUUAAUGGAGGAAAAGCUGAAGAGUGGAACUACUCUCAUUGUUGACCGCUAUUCUUAUUCUGGGGUGGCAUUUUCAUCUGCUAAGGGACUUGAUAUUGGAUGGUGUAAGGCUCCAGAAAUAGGGUUGUUAGCUCCAGAUCUGGUUGUAUACCUUGACAUAUCACCUGAGAAAGCUGCUGAAAGAGGAGGUUAUGGAGAUGAAAGAUAUGAGCAGCUUGAGUUUCAGAAAAAGGUGGCUGGAUCUUAUUUGGCUCUUCAUGAUUCCUUGUGGAAGGUUAUUGAUGCAACCCUUUCUAUUGAAGAUAUAGAUAAAAAGCUCAGAGAAGUUGUUCUUGACUGUAUGAUGACAUGCCACAAAGGGAAACCAUUAUCUCAGUUAUGGCCAUCUUCGGUCUAGUGUGCAGAAUAUCUGCAUGAAUGAUAUCUGUAACAUCUUUGUUACUUUGUAUUAUUGAGUUACAUUCUGUUGUAUAUUUUAUCUUCUACAAGAAUUCCUUGGAAAGUGCUUCAUAUUUAUUGAAAAAGAAGCUUAAUUUUCUUUUCUCUUC